AUGAUGAUGUCUCCCAGCAAAAUAUUCUCUUUACUUCAGUUUUUCACUCUUUCAUAUCUCCUUUCAGUUACUUUUGCUUCAGUCGAGGAAGCAACUUCCCUCCUGAAAUGGAAAUCAACUUUCAAGAACCAGAACAACUCCUUAUUCGCUUCAUGGACACCAAGUUCUAACUCAUGCAGGGAUUGGUAUGGAGUUAUAUGCUUUAACGGUAGAGUAAACAUGUUGAAUAUUACAAAUACUAGUGUCAUUGGUACACUUGAUGAUUUUCCAUUUUCUUCUCUCCCUUUUCUUGAGUAUCUUGAUCUUAGCAUGAACAACUUCUCUGGCACCAUUCCAACUGACAUUGGUAAACUCACUAAUCUUAUUUGUCUUGAUUUGUCGAGUAAUCAGAUUUCAGGUACAAUACCACCACAAAUCGGCACACUAGCCAAGCUUCAAAUCCUCCAUAUGUUUGACAACCAUUUAAAUGGUUUCAUUCCUGAAGAAAUAGGCCAUCUAAAGUCCCUUACUGAGCUAGAUUUGAGUUUUAACACUCUUAAUGGUUCAAUUCCUGCUUCAUUAGGGAAUUUGAACAACUUGACUAUUCUGCAUCUUCAUGAUAACCACCUUUCUGGUUCUAUCCCUGAAGAAAUAGGCUACCUAAGGUUUCUUAGUAAGCUAGAUUUGUGUUCUAACUCUCUUGAUGGUUCUAUUCCUGCUUCAUUGGGAAAUUUGACAAGCCUGUCCUUUUUGUAUCUUUAUGAUAAUCACCUUUCUGGCCCCAUUCCUGAAGAAAUAGGUUACCUAAGGUCUCUUACUGAUCUACGGUUGUACAAUAACUCUCUUAAUGGUUCUAUUCCUGCUUCAUUGGGGAAUUUGACCAACUUGUCCGUUUUGUAUCUUGAUGGUAAUCACCUUUCUGGCCCUAUCCCUGAAGAAAUAGGUUACCUAAGGUUUCUUACUGAUCUACAGUUGUACAAUAACUCUCUUAAUGGUUCUAUUCCUGCUGCAUUGGGUAAUUUGACCAACUUGUCCCUUUUGUAUCUUUAUGAUAAUCACCUCUCUGGCCCUAUUCCUGAAGAAAUAGGUUACCUAAGGUCUCUUACUGAUCUGCGGUUGUACAAUAACUCUCUUAAUGGUUCUAUUCCUGCUUCAUUGGGGAAUUUGAACAACUUGACUAAUCUGCAUUUGUGUUCUAACACUCUUGAUGGUUCUAUUCCAACUUCAUUGGGUAAUUUGACCAGCUUGUCCUUUUUGUAUCUUUAUGAUAAUCACCUUUCUGGCCCUAUUCCAGAAGAAAUAGGUUACCUCAGGUUUCUUGCUGAUCUACGGUUGCACAAUAACUCUCUUAAUGGCUCUAUUCCUGCUGCAUUGGGGAAUUUGACCAUCUUGUCCCUUUUGUAUCUUUAUGAUAAUCACCUUUCUGGCCCUAUUCCUGCAGAAAUAGGUUACCUAAGAUCUCUUACUGAUCUGCGGUUGUACAAUAACUCCCUUAAUGGUUCUAUUCCUGCUUCAUUGGGGAAUUUGAACAACUUGACUAAUCUGCGUCUUGAUGGUAAUCACCUAUUUGGCUUUAUUCCUGAAGAAGUAGGUUACCUAAGGUCUCUUACUGAGAUAGAUUUGAGUUCUAACACUCUUGAUGGUUCUAUUCCAACUUCAUUGGGAAAUUUGACCAGCUUGUCCCUUUUGUAUCUUUAUGAUAAUCACCUUUCUGGCCCUAUUCCUGCAGAAAUAGGUCACCUAAGGUCUCUUACUGAUCUGCGGUUGUACAAUAACUCUCUUAAUGGUUCUAUUCCUGCUUCAUUGGGGAAUUUGAACAACUUGUCUGUCUUGUAUCUUGAUGGCAAUCACCUUUCUGGCCCUAUCCCUGAAGAAAUAGGUUAUCUAAGGUUUCUUACUGAUCUACAGUUGUACGAUAACUCUCUUAAUGGUUCUAUUCCUGCUUCAUUGGGGAAUUUGAGAAACUUGCAAGUUCUGGCUCUCAAUGACAACAAUCUGAUUGAGGAAGUUCCUUCAUCUAUUUGCAAUUUAACAUCACUGGUAAUCCUGUAUUUGUCGAGAAACAACUUGAAAGGAAAAAUUCUGCAAUGCUUGGGUAAUAUCAGUGCCCUCCAGUAUGUGAUGAUAUCACAUAAUAAUCUCAGUGGAGUGCUCCAUCCGUCUAUUUGCAAUUUAACAUCACUGCAAAUUCUAGAUUUGGGUAGAAACAAUCUAAAGGGAUCAAUUCCACAAUGUUUUGGCAACAUGAGUGGUCAUCUUGAGGUUCUGGAUAUGCAACACAACAAUCUUUCUGGAACUCUUCCAAUGACUUUUAGAGCUGGAACACUUAGAAGCUUCAACUUGCAUGGCAAUAAACUUAAGGGGGAAAUUCCCCAAUCUUUGGUCAAUUGCAAAGAGAUGCAAGUUUUUGAUUUAGGAGAUAAUCACCUCAACGACACAUUCCCAAUGUGGUUGGGAACUCUUCCUAAGUUGAGAAUUUUAAGCUUGAGAUCGAAUAAGUUGCAUGGACCGAUUAGAACUUUAGGAAGUGAAAACAUUUUUAAUGAGCUUCGAAUGUUGGAUAUCUCUUCCAAUGCCUUCACGGAAAACUUACCGAUGAGUCUGUUUCAACAUUUAAAAGCCACGAGGACAAUUGAUCAAACGAUGAAUGCACCAAGUGAUGAAGGAGAUGAAUAUUACCAAGACUCGGUAGCUGUCGUAACAAAGGGAUUGGAGCUUGAAGUUGUGAGAAUCUUGUCUUUGUACACCACUCUCGAUUUUUCAAACAAUAAAUUUGAAGGACAUAUUCCAAGUAUUAUGGGAGAUCUCAUUGCACUUCGCAUGCUAAAUUUAUCUCAUAAUGGAUUGCAAGGUCAUAUACCGCCAUCACUUGGAAGAUUAUCUUCAGUUGAAUCAUUGGACCUGUCAAGUAACCAUCUUGUAGGAGAGAUACCAGCACAAUUUGCUUCUCUUACUUCUCUUGAAGUCUUAAAUCUCUCCUACAAUCAUCUCGAAGGGUGCAUUCCUCAAGGAAAUCAAUUUCAGACCUUUGAGAACAAUUCAUAUAUCGGUAAUGAUGGAUUACGUGGAUUUCCACUAUCAAAAGGCUGUGGUAGUGAUGAUAAUGAUUCAGAAUCAGAGAAAACUGAUACCGGAUCUGAGCUUGAUGAAGAAAGCAACUCUGAAUUUCUGAAUGAUUUUUGGAAAGCUGCUCUUAUGGGCUAUGGAAGUGGACUUUGUAUUGGAUUAUCCAUUAUAUAUGUCAUGAUCUCAACUGGAAAACCGAUAUGGUUUGCAAGAAUUAUUGUGGAGCUGGAGCAUAAAAUUAUGAUGGGAAGAAGAAAGAAGCAGCGAAAGCAAAGGAGUUACAGAAGAAGCAAAUAAUCGCAUGUAGAAGAGUUAAAAAUUCAGGUAUGCAGUUAAGUUCUAGUUUGAGCUUUAGAUUAUUGCAGCUAACUAUAUCUGAAUAUUUUCAUAUUAGUUAUAUCAGCAACUAAUUGAAUGCUCUACAAAGCUUAUUUCUCUGUCCAAAAUUAGUUGGAACCU